AUGAUUAGACAAUGUUUUAAUGGACUUUACCGACAACAAACAACUGGAUUGAGGAUAACUCAACCACUCACAACUUCCUUUAGGUCAAUAUAUAAUUCAUCACUGUUGCGUCAAACCCAACCCAUCACCACUACAGGCUCCGUUUCUGAACAACCAACCGUCAAAGAAACACCGUUGUCGGAGCUUAGUAGAACCAUCGAAGAAAACAUAGACAAUUCACAAUCGCAGAAGGCUGCUUCAUCACCUACACUCUCCAAACAAGCUAAAGUAAAUGAAAAGAUAGUAUACUGGAAACUUUACUCAACAUUCAAUAGACACAACACGAGGUGUACAUUGGUUGCUGUAGUUGAGGAUUUGAACUUUAUGGAGAAUAACCCUGACUUGUCCUACAAUGAAAAAGUACUUUACUAUUUACAGUUACCUCACAAGGUCAAAUAUUCAGUUACUGCUGGUCAACUAGGUUUCAGAAAAUCUCAAAGACAAGAAUAUGAGGCUGGGUUUCAAGUAGCUGCCAAGAUGUUCAAAACAAUUCAAGAGAGAAACUAUAUUGGUCCUAAUGAUAAGAUUGAAUUGAUUUUGAAAAAUUUCGGAAAGGGAAGAGAAGCAUUCCAAGCUGCUUUGCUAGGUAAAGAAGGGUCUUAUUUAAAGAACAACAUUGUGAGAAUAAGCGAUGCAACUGUUAUCAGAUUUGGUGGUAACAGACCAAAGAAGUUACGUCGUUUGUAA